AAACGCUUCAGAGGAGCCGGGCUAGCUUAGCAUGCCGCAGCUAGCUUAGCAUGCCGCAGCUAGCUUAGGUGGUCGGAAGGAGGAAAGUAGAAGCCUCGGAUUUGAUGAAGGUUCAACUCUGACGGAGCGUGAAUAAAGUUCAGAUGUCCCUGCAGGGGGCGCUCAGGAGGAGCUUCCUCCUUCUGCAGGAGCAGCAGGGGGUGUGGGGGAGCAUCCUGCAGGAGUGCGACUCCCUGGCAGAGUCUUUAGGGAACCUCGGGGAGCAGAUGGGAGGUCUGGCUCGGGUUCGGCUCUCCGACACGCCGCUCAGGGUGUUUCCGGAUCUCCAGGAGCGGCUGCGGUUCCAGUUAGUGCAGGAGGCAGACCUCCUGCUGCAGAGACUCAGAGGCAGGAUGUCUGAUCUGCAGUCUGUCAGAGACUCCAUCAGCAACCAGGCGUCUGCGGUUCUGCUGCUGUAUGAAGACGCUGCAGACACUUUGGAUCUAGCAGCACUGAGCCGGCGCUCGUCUGUCGUCCCCUCAGCUGCUGACAUGUUGGAGUGGCUGCAGGACGCUGAGCGUUACUACCGGCAGCAAUUUUUGCAGAGGAAGAUUCUGCUGCAGACGCUGAGACUGGAGGAUCUCUCACAGGUGGAGGGUUUCCCACAGAGAUGGAAAACUCUGGAAUCUCCCGAUUCAGAGCAACGAAUCACAGACACACUCUGCAGACUGUCCUUCUUCAUGGAGUCCCAGUGAAGACUGGUGUUCAGGCUGGGAGCAGAUAUGUUAUCAGUACCAAAGACCUCCAUCUGACCUCAGAUCUGCUACUGGAUAGAAACAGUUUAGUGGAAACAGAAACUUCAUCAACUCUUUAUUCCACAGACCCGUCACAGCACACGCUAACAAGUCAGGGAUGCUAGUAAGAACUCUGAGCAACUCAACACAAAUAUGUCCGCUGCAUUACUACUU